AAUCCGAAACAGUGGCGCAGAAUCGGCAAAGAGACGAGUACGGCUCUGCUGCCGGAGAUGGUGACCACAUCUCUAUUACCCAGUAGCCAUGGGAGCUUCUUCCCUUCUUCCCCUUCACCUCAAGUGAUUCCACUUCGCUCUGCGACCCCUCUAAGUUUACAGCUGUCUAUGAGAGCAUGGCAUUUGAGCAUUAUUGUAUCUUGAAGUUUUCCGCUGGAGCUCCUACUUCACAGCAAAAUGUGGAUAUCUUGUGGCAGCUCAAUCUUAAUACACCGCCUAAUUUGGCUCGAUUCAGGUUGAGAAAGCUACAAGAUCCCAUUCAGGUCAUCGACAGGACCAAGGGCCAAGCUUUCCGAGUUUUGGCCAAUCCUAAUGUGUCUUCGGGAAAAGGAGAUUCUAUCAAGGAAGUAAUCAUGGUUGACCCUUUGGAGGCCAAGCGGUUAGCUGCAAAACAAAUGCAACAAAUUCAGGCAAAAGAAAAUUUUAAUAGAAAGCGCCAAAUCGAAGCGAUAAACGGGGCAUGGGCUAUGAUCGGUCUAACGGCAGGAUUGGUGAUCGAAGGUCAAACCGGAAAGAGUAUGCUAGGCCAGUUGGUUGGUUACUGGGAUGCUGUAGUUGGAUUCUUCUUUCGGUAGAUGGUCUAUGGUAGCUUGGCUCUUUUUCUUCUACGUUGCUGCCUCAGAGUUUCGAAGGAUACAACAUCAGCAAGUAUCAUACACAGUUUUCCAUCUCCUCAGCAAUAUAUUGGACAUUUUUUUGUUCAUUCCUGAUGCCAUGUACUAGUCUUGUAACUCAAGUAGCUCCUCUUUCUCUCAAAUAUAUUGUUAAUAUUACAUAUUUACAGUAAGUCUUGUUAACUUCUCCUGGUCGGAUUUGUUUUUUUCCC